AUGUCAGCUCUGCAAGAAUUCGUCAAUCAACAGAAAGCGAAAGGCGCAUUAGGAGGAAACAUUGUUCCGAGCCAAAUAUUGCCAUAUGUUAGUUUGGGUGAACUUAAAUCGAAAAUUUCGUCGAAAGUUUCUGCUUUGCCAUUAUUUUCCCAUUUUAAUAAAAAUUCAACUGACGAUGAUCAAUCCUUGAUGAAAACUUCAAGUGAAAAUGGCCAAUUACCUCACGAAAAAAAUCGUAAAAAUGGGUCUUUUAGUAACGACGAAACAGUUUUUGGGUUCCAAAAAAUUAUUCAUUGUUGUGUGACUUUGUUUGACCGUUAUCUUUUUAGGCUUUCAAGGAUCCAAAGAAUCGUCGUUUUUGCCAUGUUUUUUCUUGGUGCUCUAUUCUGUUUCGGGACUGCAAUUGUAUUUUUGCCGGUGAUCGUGUUGCAAGCACGUAAAUUUGCGGCUCUCAAUACUCUUGGUUCUGUUCUGUUGAUAUUCAGUUUUGCAUUCCUUUGGGGACCAUUAAGCUAUGUAAGGCAUACUUUUUCGGAACAGCGUCGAUAUGUUACCAUCUCAUAUCUGAUAACUCUGAUCUUGACUCUUUAUUCAAGUCUCUGGGUUAGUAUAUUCGUUUAA